AUGGAUUUCCUUCACAGGAAUGGCGUUCUCGUGAUUCAACAUUUGCAGAAGGACUAUCGGGCUUACCAUGAUUUUCUUAAUUUCAUGUCCAAUGUGGGAGAUCCUCGUAAUAUAUUUUCAGUUUAUUUCCCACUAUGGUUUCAGCUUGAUCAGACAGUUGGAACUAAGAUGAUAUGGGUGGCUGUCAUUGGGGACUGGUUCAACCUUAUAUUUAAAUGGAUUUUAUUUGGUCAUCGUCCUUAUUGGUGGGUCCAAGAAACUCAGAUCUACACAAAUCACUCAAGUCCAUGGCUUGAACAAUUUCCCACCACAUGUGAAACUGGUCCAGGAAGUCCUUCAGGUCAUGCCAUGGGAUCAUCUUGUGUCUGGUAUGUAAUGGUAACAGCUGCGCUGAGCUACACUGGGGGUCGAAUAGAUAAAUCAUCAGUGACUCUGCACAGACUUACCUGGUCAUUUCUUUGGAGUGUAUUUUGGUUGAUUCAAAUCAGUGUCUGCAUCUCCAGAGUAUUCAUAGCGACACAUUUUCCUCAUCAAGUUGUUCUUGGAGUAAUUGGUGGCAUGCUCGUGGCAGAAGCAUUUGAACAUACACCCGGAAUCCAAACAGCAAGUCUGGGAACGUAUAUCAAGACCAAUCUUUUUCUAUUUCUUUUUGCACUUGGCUUUUACCUAGUUCUCAAACUUCUCGAUAUUGAUCUCCUAUGGUCUGUUCCCAAAGCCAAGAAAUGGUGUGCCAAUCCAGACUGGAUCCACAUUGACACAACUCCAUUUGCUGGUCUAGUGAGAAACCUGGGGGUUCUCUUUGGGUUGGGCUUUGCCAUCAACUCUCAAAUGUUCUUUCUGAGUUGUCGAGGAAAGAAUAGUUAUAAGCUGAGUUUAAUGCUUUGCGUGAUGACUUCACUGACCCUCCUGCAGGUGUAAACUUCGUUCAGAUCCCACACCCAGGCCGAGAAUUUGUUUUAUGUGUUAUCUUUCUGUAAAAGUGCAUCCAUUCCGCUGGCUGUGGUUGCUGUAUUCCAUACUGCAUACCAUGUGUUAAUGAGGGCCAGGAGAAAAGAAGAUAAUUAG